AUGACACCGACCGAAACAUGUCGAAGGAACGCGUCGCAUAUGAUGCUGCAGAAGACGUUUUCCUAUCAGCAUAGGACACUAGAGACAGGUGGUAUCAGUGUCCUCGUCAAGGCGGUCUUUAACAAUGAACGUCGACUCUUUCGAACAUCUGGUGGACCGAGUACGAAAGUGACAACCGUAGGAAAUUACGAUCAUCAAUGGUUUUUUUCUGAUCGGUUUAUUCUCGUUGCAGUGAUAUUCGUUCAUUCUGCUCACUCAGGCUACUUAAAUGUUAACGGUACGUAUCUUUGGUUCCUGACGAUAAUAAUUAUUCUAUUUAAUUGUUUGGGCUUAUUUGGAAAUAUCAAUGUGGUAGUAGCAGUGAUUCGAGCUCCUACGUUAAGAACGAAAGCAGGAUUCCUUAUGGCGACACUUUCUCUCCUUCAGUCUAUAUGCUUACUGUGCGAGUUAGCUAAUCUUCGGAUCUACUGGGGUAGAACUGUCAUAGAACAGUCUGUCUGCUUUAAUUUCGUUUCGGUCUAUCUAUUUGCAACUGUGGCACAAUCUCUCAUGUAUUUCGCUAUUGUGAUGGACAUGUUGAUAGCGGUUGUUUUUCCAGUAAAGCAUAGGAUGUGGUCAACCCUGAUGUACGUGGUCUCUAUGUGUAUCCCUCCAGUAACCAUUGCUGCAAUAGCCCUUAUUAUUUCUUACCACCGCAUGCACGGUGUGAAGUUGAGAGCGUGUCGGCCAUUUACUGUAGCUCACGAAAUCGUCACGGCAAUUACUGUAUUGCUGACAGCCACUAACACUGCGGCUGUUGUUGUUGUGUUCAUUUUGCUGUGCGUCGUUUUUAGAAAGGAGGCAAGUUUGAAGGGGUCACGACACAGGAAAUCCAUCCAAUAUUUAGCCCCCAGCGUAACAAAUAAAACCGUCCGAAUUAUUUCUAGUAUGGUAGCAGUGUUCACGUGUACUUGGUACUUCUAUGUCGCUAGCACACUAGUUGCAUUAAAUCUGAAUUUACCAGAAGAACAUCUGGACUAUGCUAUGACUCUCAAUCUGAUACCUGCACUGGUCGCCUACUCGCAAAAUUUUUAUGCUCUACACGCGUGUCCACGUUAUUCGCCUGUGUUGUCGCAGCAAAAGGCGUGGCUCAGGUGUUCGCCAGAGAAUUCCAGGAUAUCGCCACAACUGCUUGGAAUUAUUGGGGGCGUUAGUGCACCAAUAAUCAAGCCGAUUCCAACUUCUGGCGUCGACGCUCCUACUCGACGUCGUGAAGCCCGUCUCACCCCCACUUAA